AUGGAACCGUCCGUGCUACAGCGAAUGCGUGGCCGACGUGCUCGUGCACAUACAUCUCAAGAAAGUUUAGUGAAGGAUUCGAGUUCCGAAGCAAGUCCUCGAGAUUCAGCUAUUGCUGAUCGACGUCGUCGACGACGUGCUCAACGAUCACCACAAACACAAGAGUACGAUAAUCAAGCAUACGAUGGCGAUGAUCGACCACUUCCACCAACCAUUGAGCGUGACAAUGACGAUGUGGACGAAGAAGAAGAAGAAAAUGUUCAAAAUGCUGAUCGAUUAGUGUCUCAUGUAGCAAAACAACAUCGUCGAGUUGUGAAUGAAGUGCAACAGCAGAGUAAGAAACCAAAGAAAAAAGGUCAAGCUCCCGCCGACGCUGACGACGAUCAAGCGGAUUUGAACGAACAAAUACGUGAACAACAAGAAAUCCUGUCGCGCCGUGUCGGCGAUACAGAUGAUGAACAGGUCUCACACGUCGAUUCGUUACCACCACCAUCGAGUACAGCACGUGGAAAAUCAUUGCAAGAUAUUCUUGAAUUGGCUAGAAAAUCGCGUACCAAGCCAACAACUGAUGAAAUAACUGUUGAUCCACUGUCAACAAUGGGCUCAUCUCGUCGUUUUGGAACGAGUAGUGAACUAAAACUGCAAAAGAUACUCCGUCGAAACGAUACACAAUUCGAUGCGUCUCAUAUAGCUUCACCCGAUCCUGGAGAUCGUUCAACACGUUUUGAUUACGACGCAACACGAGAUAAUUAUAUUCGACAGGAAAUCGAUGAAAAACAGAAGGGUCGAACACAUCGUUGGAAAGAGGCAGUGAAACAUCUGGAUAAUGUUCCAUUACCAUCUGACCAGGAGGAUUUCUUUCUGAAAGUGUGGCCAAGUGAAGCACCCGAAGAAAGAGAUAAAUCAACAGAGGCACCAGCAGGUGCUCGAGUUACUACUGCAGAUGCUGUAACCGGAGAAACACCGCAGACUACUACCGAAGCAGGACCAAUUGAUGAUCCAAUUUCUGUUCGCGAUAAAAGUCUGCCAGAAGAAAAGAGACCAUUGCUACCUAUCUUCGGAGAAGGUCAACCAACUCAAUAUCAACGAGCGGAUAUCCCACUGGAUGAAGACGAACAGCGUGAUACGGAAAUACAACGAUAUAAAUAUGUUGUUGGACAACCAGCAACGCUACAAGAGAAACUAGGCGUUGGUGCUGCUGAACCACGUUCACUUGAAGAGGAAGGCAUAUUCGUUGGCAAACGGCCUAUUGUUCCGAUCAAUUCGGUCCACCGCACAGAAAGACGUAUUUUACAAGAAUGUGCAGUAGCUAACAAGCCGUCGGAUCGUUGGUUUGGACCUGACGGAGCGAUUGUUUCAUUGCCGGAUCCAACGAAAUUCGUACCAACGCGACCAUUGAUCGAUGAUCUUUUCGAUCCAAUCUUAGGCAGAGAAUUCUGCAAAGCAUAUGUUAUGGACAAUAAAAGCCGUGUAGCGAAUGAUCCGAUCGGAUCCGAUCGAUACCGUUUGGACAUCGAUCUAGGCACAGUGACGUUUCUUCAUCAUCAUUUUAUGAGCAUUGAACAUGUUUUCGCUAUGAAAUUGAAACAGAUGUAUGAACAUUAUACUGUUCGUUGUCAACAACGUAUUGUUCAACAACUAUCUGAUAAAAUCAAAGCAUUGAAAAGUGCGGAAAAUAAUUGUCGAGCACUAUACGAACAGAAUCGAUAUUCCAGUUCAUCAUUACCGGAAGAACUGUACAAUCGUUUGAUUAAUUAUCAGAGUGAACUUCGACAAACACGUAAUCAACGCUGUAACGAAAUGAAAUUGGACCGACAGUUACUUCAACGUCUGUUGGACACUUGGAAGAAAAUCAAAGAAGUUCGUCGUAAUUAUAAAUAUACGACAACAUCCGUCAGACUUCUAAUUAAACAAAAAUCAGGGAUAAAACCAAAACAUUAUGAACAGAUGCAACGAGAAAUCGAAGAAGAAAUCGAAGAUGAAAUUGCAUUGGCAGAUGAGCAGUUUCGCCGAGAAAAAGAAGUCCACGCUCAGAUUGUGAAAAAACGAAAAUUACAAGCAAUACGAAAAAAAGAGGCAAGAAAGCGUGUCGAUAAAAAGCGAAAUCGUGAUAUGACAGCCGAUGGAACUGGCGAUGGGGAUUUCAAUCAAGAUGAUAUAACGAUUCUCAAUGAAGAAGAUAUUAUCGUACCAGAAAAACCUGAACCUCGUAAGCCGGAUGAGAUUCGAACAACCAUACUGGCUAAAUAUCAAAACGCAAUUCGACCUGCAGAUGAACCAGAGAUUCUUCUUGAACUUGUCUACUCCGAACAAAUAUCAACUGAUUCGGAAUGCACUGCUCGAGAACGAGCGCGUCGACACCAAGCUCAAACAGCUUCGAAUAUUAUCGUUCGUAUUGUUAUAAACGACAAAAUAGCAGUAGAUACACCACCAAUGCCACUAACAAGUGAUUUCGAAACGCAUAUUAGUCAAGUUUUUCCAUGUUACGUUGUUCGAACACCCGACACAAUCAAAAUUCAAUUAUACGAAUCUUCAACACGAUUACGUUCACCUCUAGCUGAACUUUACUUACCAAUUCCAGAGGCGACCAUCACCACUGAAAACUAUCAACUACAGCCAGUUGAAUUUAGUUCCAAUGUACUACGACAAUUCAAUCCAAAUCAAACUACGGCUAUCGGGGCGGGAAUUCCUACACCUAUCGAAAUCGAUGAUAAAGAACGUAUCUAUCUGAACAUUGAGGGUAUUGUUAAUGCAGGUGUCGCGUGGGGAGUACAAGAUGGUGUCGUACUUGUGCCUCCAGACCUUCCAACAUCGAAAGCAUUUCAAAAUCGACAUAUGGCAGGAGGUCUACGACAAGAUGUAAACAUGCAAGCAGUGAAUUUGAGUAAUAUGAAAAAUUUAAUUGAUUGGAUCAAACAAUCGAACCUUGACCCGUACGAUCCUGAAAAUGCGUUCUUGAUAAAUCUAAUGAAAGAUUAUAUGGGUACGCAUGGUGAUGCACGAUUCGAAAUCAAUGCUUUGCAACAUUUUCGUUUGUGGAUUGAUGAAAAUGACGAGACUGAACAGCAACGAAAACAAAUGGAAAUGGAUAAUUCACUUCGAUUCAAGCUUUUGCAAGCGCGAAAAGAAAAUCUACCAGAUUUUCGCGAUUAUAAACACGUACCACCAUACGACUAUCUCGUUCGGAAAGAACAUGGUGUUUUUAAGAGUUUUAUGGCACGUCGUCAUGAAACAGUUGAAGCAGAUGGUAUUGAACAACAACUUCAAGAAAAACGACAGACACAUAUCGAUGCUGUACGACGCCAGGGAGAAAGACAAUUGAGAAAGAUGCGUGAACAAGUCCUAGCUCGUUUUGCGUUAACAUCAGCUCGAAAAUCUUACCAACAAAUGGUUGUCGAAGAGACUGUACCAAACAUUCAGGCUCUCAGUGGUUUCUUGUCUAAACUGUAUAUUGAACCAACACGUCCACUGUAUCCUGUUAAACGUCGUACCGAGCAGAAGAAAGUAACCAAUUUAGCUGUUGCAGCUAAUCGAGAUGUAUUUAUCUUGGUGAAUUUAAUUGGUGCGAUUGAUUUACCUAUUCGACGUGAAGCGCUCGAAAGUGAGAGAGCAAAAACAUCUAAUCGAACAAGAGUGAAUGCAGAUCGAACAACACUUGUUCGUCCUUAUGUCGAAAUACAAUUUCAAAAGAAAACAUAUCGAACAAGUACAGUCGAAGGACCCAAUCCUAGUUGGAAUGAAGAACUACGUAUACCCUUCAGGUAA